AUGAAAACCACAUACGUUUCUCUCUUUUUUAUCAUAUUACUAAUUUGCGGUAUUUUUGAAUGUAAGGCAUCAUCAGUUGAUGAGACAAACGAUCCAAAGCCUAAUAAUGUUAAAUUAACAGACAAAAUAAAUAGUAUAUUUAAGAAUAAAAGAAACGGAAAGAUAGCAGCUAUAGCCGCUUCUAUUGCAGGAUCAACAAUCGCCAUUGCGUUAGCACUUGCUUGUAUGCACCCUGAAGUCCGAGAAAAAUUUGGAAUUAGAAAACGUAUUAAAAAUUUUGAUGAUGUAAAUACCCCUCAAGAUAUAUCAUUAAUAAGCCCAGUCGAAAAUCCAUACCAAGAAUAUUACCCAGAAGAUUACCAAGAACAAUAUCCAGAAAUUUCCUCAGACCAAUAUAUAGAACAACCUCAAAAGCAUUAUACAAAACGAUUUCUAGAACAGUACACAAACUCAGUACAAAACGAUCAUACAUAUAGUUAUAGCCCCACUGAAGAAAAAUACAACACAUAUUAUAUGGCACCAGAUACUCAUGACGAAUAUGAGAAACUAUUUACAGAUGAUCAGAAGGAAGAAAUAAAUGACAAUAUAGUUUAUCACGAUGAAUUAAGCGAUUUAAUGGGUGAAGGACAUAAAAUUUAUAGUAUGAAUGAUAAACCAUUUGACCCAUACAUAUAA